AUUUAGUCGUUUUUGAUUUCCCUCAUGAUUUGUGGCUGCUGUUAAGCUAAACGAUUGCCUUUUGUCGCAUUUAGUUGCAUGUUGACAGUGUAUAUCGGAAUGAAAGGGGAGACUUCGGGGUGCUGCGUAAGGUCAGACUCACCCAUCGCUGAUUUAUUUUGGUGCACCUACAACUUUUGCAUGAAAUUUAGCAUUGGAUAAAAAAACAACAUGUGUAUGGACGACAGUGAAGAUGAGGGGCUCAGCUGCAUAUAUCCGAGCAUCUUCAGUGUGCCCCUCGGCAGUGAGCUUACCUCCAAGAUGCAGGAGUUCAUGGAGGAGAGGACUCAAGUUAAUAUGUGGACGUCUGUGCUGAUCGCUGCUGUAACAGUCGUGUCCAUCGUUGGGACUGUGGUGUUUCUGCUUUACAGGAAAUACAAGAAGUCAAAGAUGGAAGCUGGAGUACCUCACUACCGCUUCAGGAAAAGAGACAAAGUGAUGUUUUAUGGGCGAAAGAUCAUGAGAAAGGUUCAGACACUGUCCUCUCCACCUCCCUCCAACUCAAGUUCUGCAUCUCGUCAAAAGAUGAGGAAGAGGCCCAAAGUCUUAACAAUAGCUCGGAAGAUCCUGCGCAUAAGAAGGGAGCCCACCAUCCUGCAGCCUAAAGAGCCCCCUCCAUCUUUACUGGAGGCAGAUCUGACCGAGUUUGAUGUUCAGAACUCACACCUGCCCUCCGAGGUGCUCUACAUGCUCAAGAAUGUCCGGGUCCUUGGUCACUUUGAAAAGCCGCUUUUCCUGGAGUUGUGUCGUCACAUGGUCUCCAUCCAACUGCACCAGGGGGAGGUGCUGUUCAGGCCCGGGGACACUGAUGACAGCAUCUAUGUGGUCCAAGAUGGUCGCCUCGAGCUCUGUAUCCAUGAGAACGAUGGUACAGACGCUGUGGUGAAGCACGUCUUAGCGGGAGACAGUGUCCACAGUUUGCUCAGUAUACUGGACAUCAUCACUGGUUACCCAGCUCCUUAUAAGACUGUCUCUGCUCGAGCUGCUGCUCCCACCACGAUCCUCCGCCUCCCCGCGAUGGCCUUUCAGGCUGUUUUUGAUAAGUAUCCUGAGACGCUGGUGCGGGUCAUUCAGAUCAUAAUGGUGCGUCUGCAAAGAGUCACAUUUCUUGCCUUACACAAUUACCUCGGGCUGACAACUGAGCUCUUUAACCCGGAAAGUCAAGCCAUUUCGCUGGUGUCCGUGGCUCAUGUCCUGGGGGAGACUCACCCACACAAAGGGCUGCGUCGUCAACCAUCACAACAAGACGAGACAAUGGAGAAGAGUGACUCAGAAAAGUCUAAUAAUUCAGAAAUGGGGUCUGCAAAAUACAGAAAACCUCGCUCUCUGUCCACACCUAUGGCUGUUACAGAUGACAUGUCCGACACACUCAACAAUGUGUAUGAACGAAAUCAAGCCUCCAAAGAUGAGAACACGGCUUCAAGUCCCUUAAAGUCUAUAUUGAAGAAGAGUGUGACGAUGGCGCACACUCCCUCAGCUGUGUACCACUACGCAGAAACCGGAGGGGGACACAGCCAACAGAGUAAAGUCAGUGCCAUUUUCCAAGCUGCAAAAAAGGACCUGCUCCAAGUCAUUCAAUUACAGGAUGCCAACUUACUCGAGGGAAGAGUCAAUCUACGACACGUUAGAGCCGGUACAACUGUAGCUCACCAAGGAGACCAGGAUGUGAGCGUGGCGUUUGUGAUUUCCGGGUCGCUCCACGUAUACCAGAGAAUGAUCGACCGUGAGAAGGAGUCCCUGCUGUUCGUUGCUCAUGCCGGGGAGAUGGUAGGGCAUCUGGCUGUUCUCACCGGAGAGCCCCUCAUCUUCAGUGUCAAAGCACACCGCGACUCCUCCUUCCUCUCCAUCUCCAAGGCUCACUUCUAUGAGAUCAUGCGCGAGGAGCCUAGAGUGGUUCUGAACGUAGCUCACACGGUGGUCAGGAGAGUUUCCCCUUUCGUCAGACAGAUCGACUUUGCAUUGGACUGGAUGGCACUGGAGGCCGGGAGAGCUGUGUACAGACAGGGGGACAAGUCUGACAGCACCUUCAUUGUCCUCAGUGGUCGGCUGAGAUCAGUUAUUGCAAAGGAUGAUGGGAAAAAAGAGUUGGCAGGAGAGUACGGCCGAGGGGAUCUUAUAGGUGUGGUGGAGGCUCUGACCCACAUGAACCGAGCCACCACAGUCCACGCGGUGAGGGACUCGGAGCUCGCCAAACUGCCUGAAGGAGCUCUCAACUCCAUCAAACGCAGGUACCCUCAAGUGGUGACUCGGCUCAUCCAUCUCCUGGGCCAGAAGAUCCUGGGGAACAUGCAGCAAGUCAAUGGACCCCUGGCUGCUCGGGGCCUGGGGCUCCACACUCCGUCCAGUAAAUGGGACAGUGGGAAUCCAGCUUCAAACCUGUCCACCGUGACCAUCCUCCCGGUGUCUGACGAGGUCCCGCUCACCGCCUUCACUCUGGAGUUGUACCACGCGCUCAGUGGCAUCGGUCCCAUUCUUCUCUUGACCAGUGACACCAUUAAACAGCGCCUGGGCUCCGCAGCUUUAGACAGUGUGCAUGAGUAUCGACUGUCCAGUUGGCUGGGGCAACAGGAGGACAUUCACCGUAUCGUUCUGUACCAGUCUGACCCCAGCCUGACCCCCUGGACCCAGCGCUGUAUCCGCCAGGCCGACUGCAUCCUCAUCGUGGGGCUGGGGGAGCAGGAGCCCACUGUGGGAGAGUUGGAGCGUAUGCUGGAGGGCAGUGCAGUGCGUGCUCAGAAGCAGCUGGUGUUACUGCACAGAGAGGACGGGCCUCCUCCUAAAGGCACAGCAGAGUGGCUCAACAUGAGAAGCUGGAUCUCCAGACACCACCACCUGUCCUGCCCUCGGAGGGUCUUCUCUCGACGCAGUCUGCCCAAACUGAGGGAGUUGUACCAGCGUGUAUUUGAAAAGUGUCCUGAUCGUCACUCCGACUUUUCCCGAUUGGCCAGGAUCCUCACUGGGAACGGCAUUGCUGUGGUGCUGGGAGGAGGUGGGGCCAGGGGCUGUUCUCAGGUGGGUAUCCUGAGAGCACUGAACGAGGCGGGGAUACCCAUAGACCUGGUGGGGGGCACGUCCAUCGGCUCGUUCAUGGGGGCGCUGUACGCAGAGGAGAAGAGCAGCAGCCGGAUGAGGGUCAGGGCACGAGAGUGGGCCAUGGACAUGACGUCUCUGUUCAAAAAGAUAGUGGACCUGACAUAUCCGAUCACCUCCAUGUUUUCUGGAGCCUCCUUUAACUCUGGGAUCAGCUCUGUCUUCAAGGGAAAACAAAUAGAGGAUUUGUGGCUGCCUUAUUUUAAUAUUACCACUGACAUCACUGCUUCUGCCAUGAGAGUGCACACUGACGGUUCCCUUUGGAGGUAUGUCCGAGCCAGUAUGUCCCUGUCUGGGUACCUGCCCCCUCUCUGUGACCCCAAAGACGGACACUUACUCAUGGAUGGGGGCUACAUCAACAACCUGCCCGCUGACGUGGCUCGCUCAAUGGGGGCGAAGGUGGUCAUAGCCAUCGACGUGGGCAGCAGAGAUGAAACUGACCUGACAAACUACGGGGACUCUCUGAAUGGAUGGUGGCUGCUCUGGAAGAGGUUCAACCCACUGGCCGAGAGAGUAAAGGUGCUGAACAUGGCAGAGAUCCAAACCCGCCUGGCGUACGUGUGCUGUGUGCGUCAAAUGGAGCUGGUGAGAGACAGUGAAUAUUGCGAGUACAUUCGCCCGCCCAUCGACCACUACGGCACGCUGGAGUUUGGCAAGUUUGAUGAGAUCGCUGAGGUGGGGUACCAGCACGGAAAGACUCUAUUCGACGUGUGGCAGAGAAGUGGAGUGAUCGACAGCAUGCUCAAAGACAGGCAUCAAGAAGAAUUUCAUAAAACCAAAACUGGACACGUGGUGACGUGUCCAAAUGCUUCCUUCACUGACUUGGCAGAGAUCGUGUCCAGAAUUGAACCUGUGAAAUGUGCUCUCACAGAAGGGGAACUCUCGGAUGAGUACCAGACAGACUACGACGAGGAGACUGUGGAGAGCGCUCUGUCCGAUUUUGAAGGUUUUCCAGCUGGCAGCGAGCACACAGAGGGAGAGGAGACCGGCGAAACUGAUGAAGAGAUCUAUAUUCGCCACAGAUUAAAGAACACCAGCCAAUAAACUUUGCCAUAGCCUCUUUGCAUAGGCUUUUAUUUUUUCAUUUGUGCUGCGAAACGUUUUGCCAACUUAAUGUGAAUACUUUUAAGCAAUAAUGUUCAGUUUUUAAAGGGAAUUUUAGUCAAGCCUUUAUACAGUAUGACAAAUACUGGAUUUUUUUUUUUUUUUUUUUUAUUUGCCAAAACGGUUUUACUAAAUGCAGUGUCACUUUUGAAGCUACCACAAAACACUAUUGGUUGGUUCUUUUUUUGUUUUUUUUGUUUCAUAGGAUAUUUUUGCACACAUUUCAGUUACAAUAGACUUUUGAAUGCACAGUAUUAAUAUCCCAUUUUCGGGAAAGGGAGUACACUUUGAACAGAUGGACUGCAUGUUUGUCUAUUAACGGAAUUUUCAGCAGUUACCAUGGUGACACACAUUAGCAAAUAGCUUGAUAAGUUUUUAGAAAAGCAAGCAAAAAUGGAUUUAAGCAACACAUUUUCAUACAUUAUUUUGAGACAGAAUUGUUUAACAGCACCAAUAAGCUCACUUGUUGUACUUCAGUUGUUUCUGAUCAGAUUCUGUGAAAAUACAACUCAGGUUAACGUCUCACUUGAGUACGAAGCUUCAGACAGAGCAGUGCCUACAGUUAGCAGAGACAACCAUUACACAUAUGGGCAGUUAUUAUGAAGUUAUUGUUUUAUUUUCAGUGUAAAUGUUUAAAUAUAUUUUAGUCCUGUUGGCAAUAGGUCCUAGCUUUUCAUUUUUCAAGUGUAAUUUCCAAACUUCACUAAUUUGAAGAAAAGGGAAAAUAUGGAAACAAUUUAAAUAAAUAAAAAAAGUAAAUACAACUUAGAAAUCAAGGUUAAUAGUUUCAAUUUAAAUCUUUAAUUUAGGUAGAAUUGUAUUAUUAUUUGAAGUUUUGCCAUAACUUUGAUGAAAUUCCCAGUCAAAUAUACUGUACUGUGAUUUUUCAAGUAACAAUGCAAAUCGAGUAAUGCUGUAUUCAUUGUUUUGUUAUUGUUUUAUUGUUUGUAAUGUUAAUGUGGUCCGAGAAUUGAAGAGAAGAGUUCAUUUAGAAGUCUAUUUACCAUCAGUACAGGACCCACCUCUCAAGACAUCGUAAUAGUGUUGUCCAUUUUAGUCUAGCAUGGUCCAGUCUGCCUAUGCUUCCGUUGUAGGGAGUAUUAUACCUCUGAUGACAUAGGCCGAGAUAACAAGGGCUGAGCUGGCAGCUGGAAUUUCUCUAACAAUGUGUAGUAUUUUGUUUUUGUUUAGUUUUUUUGUCACUUAAUUUCAGCAGAAAAUUGUAAGUUCAUCUGAAAUUUUUACUGUAUCUCUAAAAAAAAAAGUACUUUACUUCGAUAAAGUACCUCAAAGCAUGUCCAUGAUGAGUAAGUGCUAAAAAGAAGCUAUGACAACACGUCCAGUUUUAAAUAUUUAAAACUACAUGUUAUUGAUGAAACUGUGUGAUUGUGAUGUUUGUUUUAAAAUAAGUUUACGUGUGA